ACAGCACCUUGUCAAUAUGGGAUCGAUUACAAAAGCUCCAAGAGACUGAUAGAGAGUUAUUAUCUUCUAUCAUGGUGUUGGUCACAAGAAAAAAUCAAACCGAGAAGUCCAUUUCUUUUGAGCUUGAUCUUGACUCAGGUAUCUUCAAGUCCUUGAACUCUUUUUAGCUUUCUCCCCUUUUUUUUAUACACCCAACAAUCCAUUCUUCAAUGUUUUUAGGAUAUGAUCCGAACAUGAGAGGAAGAUCAGUGCUUUGAGAAAGCUCAUUUGCAUACCAGCUAUCAAAGAAUUUCCUUACAUAGGAAGACAAAAAUCACCUAAAAAAACUUACAACAGAGACAGGAUGGCAUGAAACUAACCAUUACCUCACAAAGGUUUGCAACUUUCUUGUCCUUUUUCUGUCUUCAAUGCUCUAGAGACUUUUGUUCUUAAAUUAAAUUUUCAAUUUCUAAGUUAUGGCUUACCACCAAACAUUAAAAGAAGAUUACCUUAAGAAUGAGGAUGCCAGCUUUUACGUAGAGGAGGAGGCUACAAAGCUCAAGAACUUAUUUGGUGAUGUUGUCCAAAUAUGUCUUCGACUUGAUGAAGAGAAAAAUGCCGCAGUGCAAAGAUCUGAGCUCCUAUUUGUUGAGCUAGAAAAUUUUAAGAAGCUUUUUGCGGACUCACAAGAAAAUUACCUCUCAAUUAAGAAAGAGAAAGAUGAAAUUGAGAAAGAAAUGAAAGCUAACCACUCUGCCUUGGAGGAAGCAAGGAAAACUGUUCAACUUCUUCAAGAUGAGAAAGGGGGUUACCUGCGUAAAUUAGAUGAGCUCAAACAAUCAGUGACAAAGCUUUCAUCUCAAAACGCGAGUCUUCAAAUGCAGAUCACCAAUACUUCAAUUGACACUAUCCAUAAAUUUAAGAGAUCAGAAGAAGGUCAAACUUGGGCUUUGAGUGGUUGCAUAGAUCAUUUUCAUCUUGCUGUAUCCAUCAAAAAAACUCUUAUACUUGAACGAGACAUGCUAAAAGGUGAUCAUAUUCCAAGUAUUCAAAAGCUUGACAUUUCUGAGGAAAUCAAGCAAGACCCAAGUUUGAAGAAAAUGUUUGAGGAUGGAGUGAAGAAGAUCUCCAAAGAAUGUUAUUUUGAAAAUGAGGGAGAAGAAUCUGCGGACCAAGAGUGAGAUUCCAACAACCCUGAACAUUAAGAUUCUUCUCAAGAUGAAGCUUCUAGCUCUUAGGUUUUAUAUUAUUUCUUAGAAUAAAUUUGUUUCCUUGAA